ACCAUGAGCAACAAGGGGGCUUCAUUGAAAGGUUUGUUGCUGGUGGUCCUUCUGGUGUCCAACAUGCUCCUGACAAAGGAAGGAGUGACCUCCUUGCCAAUCUGCCCCAAUGGAUCUGUCAAUUGCCAACUUUCCCUCGGGGAACUUUUUGAACGAGCAGUUAAACUUUCACACUACAUCCACUUGCUCUCUACAGAAAUAUUCAAUGAAUUUGAUGAACGCUAUGCUCAGGGCCGGGAUUUUAUUGCAAGAGCUGUUAAUGGCUGCCACACUGCCUCCUUAACUACUCCUGAAGAUAAGAAGCAAGCUCAGCAGACUCAUCAUGAAGACCUACUGAAUUUAAUACUGGGAGUGCUGCGCUCCUGGAAUGAUCCCCUGAUCCAUCUGGCCUCUGAAGUACAAAGAAUCAAAGAAGCUCCAGACACCAUCCUCUGGAAGGCUGUAGAGAUUGAGGAAAAAAACAAGCGGCUUCUAGAAGGAAUUCAGAAAAUAAUUGGGAGGUUUCAUUCUGGUGAGAUUGGAAACGAAGUUUACUCUCAGUGGGAAGGCCUUCCAUCCCUGCAACUUGCUGAUGAGGACUCCAGACUCUUUGCCUUUUACACCCUGCUGCAUUGCUUCCGCCGAGAUUCCAACAAAAUUGACAGCUAUCUCAGGCUUCUGAAGUGCCGCCUAAUCCACAAUAACAAUUGUUAA